GUCAAGACCAUGUUCAAAAUAUGAACUUGUCCUGUUCUGCCCUUGACCCCGGUCAGCUGCGCUGCGCAGCGAACGUAUUAGCGCUCACUUUUCUUGUUCACAAUCAGUAACAUGUCUCUUCUUUUUCUUAGCUCGGCUCAGCGCUUCUAGUUUGUACUGUUACCUCUCGCCACUACCUCAAUCAUCGUGGUCUUUAUGUGAGGUAUUGAUAACAUAUGCCCAUCUUGCGAUCGGAACUGUGUAGUCAAAAGGCCGGUCGACCCCGACAGCUCGGAAACUCGGCCACCCUUCAUGUCCGAAUAUUACCGGGGAAUCCUUGCCAUUUCCUAGCCAUCGUCGAUGUGCUCGCCCGGAGCGCGGAUCUGAGGGCGGCUCAAGUGCUGACGGUGCGGAAAAUGCGCAACGUGUGCUUAUGGCGGCGACGAUCGAGCGGUGGAUAGCACAGCUCACGAGCCAAUUCGACUAUGACGAACUACUGAUAUUCUACUUGACAUAUCGGACAUACAUCGAUUCGGUCGACUUAUGUCAUCUGCUAAUAUGUCGCUUUCACUGGGCACUCGAGGAGCCAAUGACUUCACAUGAGGUCAUGGUGAAACAAAUCGUGCGCGUACGGACGUUUGUUGCCAUUCGAUAUUGGUUACUCACGUUCUUCCGCAUCGAUUUCCUACCCAACUAUGAGCUGUGUUUAUUGUUCGCAAACUGGUUGAACACGCUAUGGAGAGAUUCUAUCGAUAAAUAUAAUGACGCUAGGCUGAAGAAGGUAGCGAAGGAUUGCAAGGAUGCUCAUUCACGCGUGACCAAAUCCCGUAAGGAGCCCGAGAAGAAGGGAAAGGUUAUGCAGUCGAUCGACAAGAUCUUGGGAGAUCUCUCGAACGGAGUUAACUUCGCUGCAACGCUCCGCAAAGUUAGCGCUACACAGUAUGAGGAAGAGGACUCCGACGUUGAUCUGGACUUUAAUCCGGAUGAGAGCUCGCCCUUCUCUGAUGCCGCUGGUGUACAAGGUUUUGCAUCUUUUGCAAAUCAGCUUGGUCCUGGGGACGCACCGUCUUCGAUUGGCGCUACCCAACCUGGCUCGGAGACGAGCGUUGCUCCGCCCAGUCGUCCGAGCAAGCCUGCAUCCCGGAUAUUGCUACAGCAACCUCUUCAUUUGACAAUAUUACAACAUGCUCGUACAGUUCAACCAGGUGCGGCUCUUCCACUCGUCAGUGCUCCGUCAGCAAUGCCUGUCCACCAUACCUCGCCUCUGUCUCGUGCAGUCGUCAGAACUAUUGGCCGUCUCGGCCGCUGGAAACGCGUUCUAAGUUCACGGGCUCCGACGACACCUUUAAGCCCAACUGACGAUGGGCCUCAUGCAUUUGAUCUUGAAUUCAACGGAGCUGGCAAUCUUCUCCACGUUGACAGUAUUCCUGAAGUACCACAGGUAACCGUGUCAGUGGCUUCUAAUGGUACACAAGAAGAGCCUCGGCCUUCAUCUCCUUCCCCGACACCAUCGCCUCAGGACACUGAACUUGCAACAAGAACGCCGCUAGCAUCACGUGCCGAGCUCCGACCUGACAGUCCUGCCUCCAACGGAGACAUUACUUUGUCCCAAGGCCCAGCGGGAGGCUUCGUGCAUAAGUCUCUAUCUCGCGUACGCUCCUCGGAACCCGCAGAAUCGAUCCGGUCUGGUUCAUCUGGUUCCCUUCGUUCGUUUGAGACUACGUCGUUCUUGGGUAAUCCCAUACCUAGGCAGGAGCGAUUGUUCCCGGACGUAGUGUCUAUUGACGACCUUGACUAUCUGUCCGAUAACUCAUCUGAGAAGAGUGGUCCUGCCAUGCCACCUGGCUUGCGUCCUACGAAACGGUUGCCAAACCGUCGCGACUUCGAGUUCGUGCAUCGUUCAGUCGUUAGUGUCUCGUCCAUGGGGAUAAUCUCCAGAGCUUCCGUUGCCAUGUCGGAGCAACCAGAUUCUGCACGUUCAUCAGUCUCAUCACCGCGGAGACUCGGGAACGCCUUACAGCAAUGGCAGGUCAAUGCGUUGAUUGACGAUCUUUCCGAUGAUGAGGAAGAUGUGGGUGACGCGGAAGCUGCACUUCGCAGACUUGAAGGCCAGAUUAACCCGAAUAAGCAACGGCAUAAGGAAGCAAAGGUAGAUGGGUGGGUACGGACUAUCCAAGAGCGGAUGGCUGCUGGUGACUUCGGUGACGAACAGCCUCGGAAUUUGUCUCCUGAUGAGGAAGAAGACGUGGAUGAUGAUGCUACGUAUGUUUCUGAUGAUGAGUAUGGUUCGGAGAACAGGAGACAGGAUCCUUCGUUCUCCGAGGAGGAUGUGACGGUGUCUCUUCCGCGGUCAUCGACAGAUUCUGAACGUCCGACUAAUCUGUCGAUUGGUACUAAUGGACAUAUCGGUCUGGAGCCUGUGACGCCAACUCCGAGGCAGACAGCACCAGAUGAAUGCUCAUGUUGGAUACCCUACGUCCGAGGCGAAGCCGAGGAUCGACGAAGCUGUGCCAGAAGAGAUCCCCCCCCAGCCGCCUCCCAUCCCGAAAUACGG